GCGGCUCCGGCGGGCCGGGCCGGGCCGGGCCCGGCGGCCGGGGGGCGGCGGCGGGGGCGGCUGGCGGCGGCCGGCGGCGGCCGGGGCCGGGACGAUGACUCUGGAGUCCAUGAUGGCGUGUUGCCUGAGCGACGAGGUGAAGGAGUCGAAGCGCAUCAACGCCGAGAUCGAGAAGCAGCUGCGGCGGGACAAGCGCGACGCCCGGCGCGAGCUCAAGCUGCUGCUGCUGGGCACAGGCGAGAGCGGCAAGAGCACCUUCAUCAAGCAGAUGCGCAUCAUCCACGGCGCCGGCUACUCGGAGGAGGACAAGCGGGGCUUCACCAAGCUGGUCUACCAGAACAUCUUCACGGCCAUGCAGGCCAUGAUCCGCGCCAUGGAGACCCUGAAGAUCCUCUACAAGUACGAGCAGAACCAGGCCAACGCGCUCCUGAUCCGGGAGGUGGAUGUGGAGAAGGUGACGACGUUCGAGCACCAGCACGUGGAGGCCAUCAAGACGCUGUGGGAGGACCCUGGCAUCCAGGAGUGCUACGCCCGCAGGCGGGAGUUCCAGCUCUCGGACUCUGCCAAGUACUACCUGUCUGACGUCGACCGCAUCGCCACCUCCGGCUACCUGCCCACCCAGCAGGACGUGCUGCGGGUCCGCGUGCCCACCACUGGCAUCAUCGAGUACCCCUUCGACCUGGAGAACAUCAUCUUCAGGAUGGUGGACGUCGGAGGACAGAGGUCCGAGCGGAGGAAGUGGAUCCACUGCUUUGAGAACGUGACGUCCAUCAUGUUCCUGGUGGCGCUCAGUGAGUACGACCAGGUCCUGGUGGAGUCGGACAACGAGAACCGCCUGGAGGAGAGCAAGGCGCUGUUCCGCACCAUCCUCACCUACCCCUGGUUCCAGAGCUCCUCCGUCAUCCUCUUCCUCAACAAGAAGGACCUGCUGGAGGACAAGGUCCUCUGCUCCCACCUGGUCGACUACUUCCCCGAGUUCGACGGGCCCCAGCGGGACGCGCAGGCGGCGCGGGAGUUCAUCCUGAAGAUGUUCGUGGACCUGAACCCCGACAGCGACAAGAUCAUCUACUCGCACUUCACCUGCGCCACCGACACGGAGAACAUCCGCUUCGUGUUCGCGGCCGUCAAGGACACCAUCCUGCAGCUCAACCUCAAGGAGUACAACCUGGUGUGAGCCCCGCCGCGCCUCCCCGCCGCGCCUCCGGCCGUGACUUCUGGCUCCGUUUUUUUCUAAAAAAAAAAAAAAGGAAAGAAAAACAAAAAAGAAAUGGGAGGUGGGGGGGGCCCUGAGAGCGGAGCGCCCUGCGCCCUGCGCCCGCCUGCGGCUGCCUCCUGCCUCCUGCCUCAUCCUGGCUCCCCAGGAGCAGAGGUGCGGGCCUGGGGCCACGGACCUGCCUUCGCCAAGUUAUUGGGUCCUCGCGCCCACGCUGUGGUUUUGCCCCCUGGACUCCAAGAAGUGGGGGUGGGCGGCGCCCGUUGCCCGCCCGCCCGGAAGUGCCUAACCUAUAUAUAUAUAUAUAUUUUUUUUUUUGGGGGGGGGGGGGGAGAAAAAACCAGUUCACCUGGCUCCCAGGUCGGAGGGACCCCGCGGUGCCUGGUGGCCGUCAGCCCGUCUGCCGGGGUCAGGCACUUCAGGAUUCCUGUGCGUGGGUCCUGGGCCCGGGUCCUGCUCCUGGUGCCUGACCCAGGACCGUGCUGGGGACAGGGGCUUCCGCUCGCUCCGUUGGCUCGUCGUGGUUUGGAAAGCGAGGGUAGACGGGGACUUUUUCAGAAUCUUCUCAGGUCUGUCCCCAGAGGCGGAGAGGAAAGGUGGGGGUUGCUGCUGGCGGCCAUGUGCACAGCUGUCCCCAGCACUGUCCCCAGCCUGCCGCCAGCACCUGCGCCUUGCCAGGCCAUCGAGGGCCCGUGGUGGCCAGGUGCUGGGCAGGGUGAGCGGGCACGCCAGCCCCAGUGGCCUGCAGACCAGGCCCCGUGCUCAGCGUAGCCGCGCCUCCCGAGACUGGCGGAGAGCGGGGGUGGAAGUGGCCGUCCACUGUGGGCUGCUGAGCACCAUGGCGUCUGUCGUCCGGCUGGCUUUUUGCACGUUUGUCCUGGGAGUGGAUGGCCAGUGAUGCCCUUGUCCCUGGCGCCCAGCGGAGCCUGCUGCAGCUCUGGGCCUCGGACGGGGCACAGAAGAGUCAGCUCGCGGCGAGUCGGCCCGCAAGCCACUGGAGAGAGGACCUGAGGGGCUUGUGCCAACGGAGGGCCCCUGCAGUGGUCCAGGUGCCAGUGGACAUUCCUGGCCGUGGUCAGUGGGGCCUCAGCGUCCUCAGGCAGGGCGUCCCCCUCUGUCCCCAACAGGGGUCCUUCCCUGUGCUCUGUGCACCGAGAAGGGUUUGUGCCAAAAGCCCUGGCAGCAGGGCUGGGCAGGGUCCCAAGGGCAGCUGGACAUGACGAAAGGGAGGAGGGCAGGGUCCCUCACACAGGCCUGGGCCCCUCCACCAGCCAAGUGUUGACCCCUCUCAGGGCCGCGUGCCAAGUGUCCCUGGACUGGCCAGGGCCUCUGCCCAGCAGAACCCAGGUCGCAGCCCCGUGCUGGUGCCCCGGGCUGCAGCUGCUGUCCUUGCCCCGGCGUCCCCUCUGAACGCCGUCGUGAGCCACCCCAGUGGCCUGGGGGAGCCCUCAGCCAGGCCCCUGCUGCGUCUGGCGACCUGGGCAUCACAGAGCCCUGGUUCCGCACGCCGGGGACCCGGCCUGGGUGAGGGUAGAACGCCUUUUACGCCUUCCGCCCCUCGAGGUGCCUGUGUCGGCGUGUUGGGGACAGUGGGAGUCGGGCGCGUCUGGGCUCCACGUCCACCUCCUGGACUGAGGGGAGGGCACCAGGGUCCCCACGGCAGGUCAGGGGCCCUGACCCCUUAAUCCAGAGGUUCCUGAUGGAAAUCGACUUUUCAUAUCUUUCUCUUGAAAUGAAUUGUUUUAAAUUGGAAUAAACUUGGUUCCUACA